AUGGCCAUUGAUAAUACACGACUAUCUGUCUACCUGAAAUGGGUAGAUUCUUGGCUUCUACCAUUUGAUAACGACCUCACAAGUAACGAUGACAUUCUACCUUUUGAUGAAAUCAUUACCAUGUUUCGCGACGAAAAUAUCCAUAAACUCCUUGACCAGCACACCCUAGAUCAAGCCGUUACUAGCUUCAAAAGAAAGCUUCAGACCAAAGAUAUCAUUCUCGGAGGCAGCGUCCCUCCAUCUUGCGAUGAAACCAACGUUCUCAGCCAAAAUUACGAUCCCCGGACAAAUUGUAAUUGUACUGGACUCUACCCACCACCCCUAGGUGUUAGUAUAGAGUCGUUGGUUCAACUCAGCAAGUGCGAGGCAAUCGGCAAAAUGAUGAAAGCGGCAGAGGUGGUCAAUAAACAUGGAGAAGAAUGGAAUAUUCGUGACCUCUUCAGCGCCAAGAAACUUGAAGAUGCUAUGUUGGAAUUAGCAUUGGCCAACUCGGAUCAAAUACCCCUUCCUAAUACUUGCUUUGGAACAUUUGAUAGAGUUCCUAAAUUGCAAGCUCCUGACAGAAGGCCAAAUCCUCAUUGUGAUACUGGUAUUACUGCCUACAACCAACUAUACCCCACCCAUGAACAGGUGAAGCUUUGCGCGGACGCUAAAUACUUCUUUGCGAUGGCUUGUGGAGCUGGCUUCCUUGAUGAUGGCCUCCAGAGAGCCAUAGCUGAUUCAGGGAAUGAUGUCUUGAUUGGAGAUUACUGUGAGGCAGCAGAUGAGAAGACACUUUCCUUACUGCAGGGUGUUGGAGGGGCAGCCAUGGCCUUCCUGAAGUUCUGCAACCUUGCUGGUAUUCUAACUGACUGGCAAUUUGAUAAUCUUGUCGCUUCAACCAUCCAAUUUCGCGUUCUUGGGUACUUUCGUGACCAUGCCCAACCAAGAAUUCCUGCCGGCACAUAUGGUAGUCGUAUGACCGGAAUGAAUGUUCAUCGACAUAUUGAUGUGGCCAUAUAUAUUGGUAUUAUGGCAGCAUCAAUAGCCACUGGCGAGGAAAUAUCCGAGAAAGAUUAUAUGGAGCUUGCGGAAGUUUGUAGUCUCAUCAACGACUUAAUCGACUUUCGCAGCGAUACAAUGCGCAAGCAGAGAGAAAACACGGUCCUUAGAGGAAUCCGAGGUUGCCUCUGCCAGUAUCUCGAUGGAAUUAUUGCUGAUUGUCUGGAAAAGGUUUAUAGAGCUGUUAAGUCCUCACGAAUCAGCGCUAUGGUGGUAAUGAGCUUUUGCAACUGGGCUGUUAUGGCUUCUCACCAUAAAUUGUUCGAAUUGGUACUUGAAGUGCAUGAGGUGGAAGACUAUCCAAAAUGUGAAUAUGCAUCGCUGUCAGGAAGUAAAUAUCAAGACUUCCUUGAGAUUCUGGAAGGAUACGGCACCAUCGGAGAUGAAAAACCUCAAAUUACGAGACCUCGAAAGGAGAUGGACAUAUCAUACCAUUUGUAUCGAUCUUCUCCAAAGUCGCACUUGGCCUGGCUAGCUGAUAGUACCCGCAGUCUCAUGGACCCAGAAAAUCUCAGAAAGAUCCUGGAUGUCGUUCAUUUUGAGUGGCGCGGGCAAAUUGGCGAUGUAGAGUACUGUCCAUAG